AUGGCUAGCACCUUCAACAAUGUCAAGGACAUUGAUGCAUCCCAUGACAACUUGAGCUAUAGGAUCAAGGUGCGUGUGAUUAAGAUUUGGACUCUAUCUACGGCUGAGCAGAAAUUUCAAAAGCCAAUGCUGGAGCUGGUGGUCAUGGAUAAUCAGGGAGAUCGGAUCCAAUGUUCAAUUCGAAACCCUCAUAGGAGGUUAUUUGAGGCCGACCUUACCGAGGGGAAAAUAUACACUAUCUCCAAUUUUUCAGUUGCUCAGAAUGACCUCAAGUACAAAGCCACCAAUCAUGUUAGCAGAAUAUAUUUUAAGAGAGAUACCCAGCUUAGGGUGGUUCAGGAUCCUCUAUUCCUUACACAUAUUUUUUGCUUUGUGCCCAAUGAAGUAAUACUUAACCACACCAAUGCUCAGUCCCAUUUAAUUGAUGUAAUUGGGCUCCUCACUGCUAAGGGUGACAUUAUUGAAUUCACAAAGAAUGGAAAGAAGUCCAUCUACAUUGUCAUAGAACUUGAUGACCUGAGAGGAAAUGGUACCAUUCGAUGUACUUUGUGGGAAGAAUUUGCAACUAAAUUAGUAAAGCAUAUGGAAGAGACACCUACCUUAGAAUAUAUACUUAUUAUACAAUUUGCGAAGUUUAACCUAUUCAAAGGUUCGUCACGUAUUGAUUCUGAAUUCUUAUGUGUUAAGUAA